CAGCGCUGCUACUCUCCAGCCGCACAACGAACAGGUGGCUUCCCCCUUUUUGCUUUCUUUGCACAUGCGGAGGCACCCCUCCCGCUGCAUCCAGUAGAAAAGAAACAAAACGUCCCACCGCCACGUCGCCAGGAGAAAUGGAUAACGGCUCCCCCCCGGACGCGACCCCCCACGGGAGCAUCCCGUACGAUCAUUUGGAGAAACUGAAGCAGACGAAGGUGCUCCUCAGUGAGAAGCUCAUUAGGUACGACUGGUCGCAGACGGCCGACCGCGUUUUCCUAACCCUCUACAAGAAGGGCCUCCGCGAAAGCGACUGCCUCCACUACGUUGAAGAGAGACGCCUCUCAGUUAUGAUUACGAUGGAGGCGGACGAGAUGUACCUCCUCGAAAAACGGCUCUUCUCAAAAAUAAUUCCCCACCGGACUGCCGUCUGUGUAACUCCAAUGAAAGUGGAAGUCACACUGGAGAAGCUCCAACCGGGCGUUGAAUGGCCCCAACUGGAAAAACUCGCGGAGUGCGAAGAGGACAAAGCGAACGGACUAGCCAAAGGGAGGGAAAACCUUCUGAACCCGUUCAGUGGAAAAAGCACCCACGAGUGGGACAAGCUAACAAAGUCCAUAAAGGAAGACGAAGAGGAGGGAAGCAUCGACACCUUCUUCAGGAAAAUUUACAACGAAGGCGACGACGACACGAAGAGAGCUAUGAUCAAGUCGUUUCAAACCUCCCGCGGAACGGUCCUCUCCACGAACUGGAAAGACGUCCAGCACAAGAACUACGAGCAGGACAAGCCCCUCCCGGACGAGAAGGAAACUGUUUGA